AUGGGCAUACACACUCAGCUUUAUCCCUACAUGUACAUUUUCUUGGGAACGACACUAAUAUGCUCGAACACUUUGGGGUCGGUUCUGUCGCCGGGCCACCACAAGCAGAUGCAGGACUUAGCAGGUGCCAGCUCGCCAAGCCAACUAUACCAACAGCCUAUGCCGUUGCCGCAAGCCGUUCGCGCAAAGCCGAAAAGUCCAUACAUGACCAGCGAUAAAGAAGGCAAAGCGAACUUCCGCGCUAUCGAAAAAAGGAUCCUCGACUCUAUCAUUGGACAGGGCAGAUACGAUUCGCGAAUUCGCCCGAUGGGAAUCAAUAACACUGACGGGCCUGCCCUCGUCCGGGUCAACAUCUACAUCCGGAGCAUCGGGAAGAUCGACGACGUCACCAUGGAGUACACUGUCCAGCUGACGUUCCGUCAACAAUGGAGAGACGAGCGACUCCAGUACGACGACCUUGGAGGCCAAAUACGAUAUCUGACCCUAACGGAUCAGAAGAAACUUUGGCAACCCGAUCUGUUUUUUUCAAACGAAAAAGAGGGUCAUUUGCAUCAAAUUAUCGUGCCCAACGUUCUACUCAGGAUUUACCCAAAUGGAGAUGUCCUGUUCAGUAUUCGUAUCUCAUUGGUGCUUAGUUGUCCCAUGAAUUUGAAAUUCUACCCUCUCGACAAACAGAUAUGCUCGAUUCUUAUGGCCUCCUAUGGCUAUACCACAGAGGACCUUGUAUUCCUAUGGAAAGAAGGCGACCCUGUACAAGUGACCAAGAACCUUCACUUGCCACGCUUUACGCUCGAAAGAUUCAACACCGACUACUGCACGAGCCGAACCAACACCGGAGAAUAUAGUUGCCUCAAGGUUGACCUCGUAUUCAAGCGUGAAUUCUCAUAUUACCUAAUUCAGAUUUAUAUUCCGUGCUGCAUGCUUGUCGUUGUGUCCUGGGUCUCGUUCUGGUUAGACCCGACAUCUAUUCCAGCACGAGUUUCUCUGGGAGUGACGACAUUGCUCACUAUGGCUACCCAAAUUUCAGGCAUUAACGCUUCUCUGCCUCCUGUCUCAUACACAAAAGCUAUUGACGUGUGGACAGGGGUUUGCCUCACAUUUGUAUUCGGGGCACUACUGGAGUUUGCCCUUGUAAACUAUGCCUCUCGCUCCGAUCAGAGGAGGCAGAACACCCACAAGCAGUCUGUGCCGCAGGCAACUCAGCAGCGGCAGAAGUGGCUUCUGCCUGCUUCGAUCGCAGCCGCCGGCCUCGAGAACAACCAGAGUGCCAUUGACCACUGCGAUGAAGCAUUUGCCAUGCCGUUCCAGGGCAACGAACGAGGUCUCGGGCGAAACACUCUCCCAAACGAUGCGGAUAUCCUCGUGCCCCGGCAACGAACUCAUACAGCGCCGCAGGAACUUCGACAGUGCGAAGUUCACAUGAAAGGUCCGUCCUCAACAGGCUCAAACCUGUGCCGCUCGUGGCUAUCUCGGUUCCCGACGCGAUCCAAGAGGAUCGACGUCAUUUCAAGAAUAUUCUUCCCGUUAAUGUUCGCGUUGUUCAACCUGGUGUACUGGACGACGUAUCUCUUCAGGGAGGACGCCGAUUAA